UCCCCCCUUCCCCCCCGCAUUAUAAUAUGCCGCCACGCCGCAGCAGCCAGCCAGCCAGCCAGCGUCGUCGUAGCCCACACCCCCGCCGGAGAAAGAAGAAACAGAGGAGAGGGAGGAGGCGAGGAGCGCGUGCCUGGUUGGUGGUGCUAUGAGAGGGCCGGCCGCGUCCGGGGGGUGGGCAUCGGCGGCGGCCGUCUUGUUCGGUGUUCUUGUUUUGGUGUCGUUGGCGGUCGUGGCGGCGGAGAGGCCGUCCGCGCCGGCGAUCGGAGGGCGGAGGAUGCUGCUGGCAGUGGCAGGCGCCGGAGGAGAGACCGGGAGAACUCUGGAGGAUUUCAGGGCCGAUGAUCCUUUCCAGGACAGCGCGAGGAGGGUGCCCAAUGGCCCUGAUCCCAUCCACAACAGGGGCGCAGGCAAGUCCGGAAGAUCGCCGGGGCGAGCGUAGCGUCCCGUGGCGGCACGGCGCACAUCCACGGCGCAGAAGCUUCCGACGGUUAUGGCGGGGCAGGGAGAUGGUGCAUUGCAUUGCAU